UAUCUUUGUGCAAAAUUUUAGAUUAACUCGUGAAAUUUGCCGCCGCCUAAUUGAUGAACUGGCCCCACAUGAUAAUCAGAAAACGUCACUACCUUUAACUGUAAGGGUUCUAGCAGCUUUGAACUUCUUUGGACACGGCUCAUAUCAGAAAUGUGUAGGUAACAACGUCAACUUGCCCAUGAGUCAGUCAUCCCUUUCGAGAAGUCUGCGAGCUGUAGCAAAACUUAUUGUGAAGGUGAAGGGAGGAGAAAUAAAGUUUCCCAGUUCAAUAGAGGAAGAAACUUUUAUAAAAACGGGAUUUUUUAGAAAAUUUGGAAUAAAAAGCACCAUAGGAGCAAUUGACUGCACGCAUAUUGCUAUCAUUGCUCCACCAUCAAAUAAUGUCGAACGUCCUCUUAAUUUAUAUUUAAAUAGAAAAGGAUUCUACAGUAUCAAUGUUGAAGCAGUUUGCGAUCACCGAUUAUGUUUUACAUUUGUAAAUGCUAAAUUUCCGGGUGCAACACAUGACUCUGGAAUUUGGGCAACUUCUGACCUACGAGAACAGCUCAUUCGUCAGCAUACUAAUACGUCUGAGCAACAACGGAGGGAAUCUUGGCUUCUUGGCGAUCAAGGUUAUCCUCUAGAACCGUGGCUUUUAACACCAGUGGGAACACCUAAUACCCAUAAAGAGCAAAAAUACAACAAAUUACAUGGUUCUGCAAGAAACUGCAUAGAGAGAGCAUUUGGUGUUUUAAAAUCUCGCUUCAGAUGUUUGUUGAAGCACCGAGUUCUACAUUAUUCACACGAAACUUCCGCUUUGUUUGUUAGUACUUGCGUUAUAUUGCAUAAUAUAAUGACGAAAGCAGGCAUUACGUUCAACGAAAUAGAUGACGGGGUUGCAGAAGACUUUGAUUCUCCAAUUAAUGAUUAUAACUCUUCACAGUACAUGCGCGAAGGUGAAAGAACAAGAUCAAGAUAUAUAUCAACUCUUUAGUUAUAUACAUAUAUACAGAAGCCAAUCCAUAUACUUAUGUACAUAAGUAUAUAAAUGUUCUCACAAUUCGACUUUCGAAAUACACUACUUACUUCCAUUAUUUGUUUAUUUAUUUAUCCUUUUUGUUAAAAGAAAACAA